AUGGAGUCAAGUCCAGGUGAUCUGUUGGUCGUUGCAGAUUUUAAUACUCAAGAAGGUGAGAAAGCUGGAACAUGGGAGGAGCAUGCAAAUGAGGAUAUAACGACAUCGGGAAGAUCUCCACUUUCAUUGGACGAAGUUGUGUUGAAUAUCGCCAUUUCACCCGCUGGUAAAAUCAUUUUGUCAGAUUAUUUCGACCCGUACGAAUACGUCCCUAUGGGUGCUGGUGGUCGAGAUCUAGGAUCCGGUGGUGUUGCUCUAUUGGGGCCUGGAGGUAUUUCUGUAGUCAUCCUCAUGGAUGUAGCGGUUAACAGUCUUACAGGAUCUGACAAUAUACUCCAACCAAUCAUUGCUCAGCGUUCGAUAUUUGCCGGCCCAGGUCCAUGUCCUCUCGAAGGAGGUUGGAUACCGACUACUACUACAUAUAAAAGCCAAGCUGGUACAUGUUUUCUUUUUUGGAUUUCCGACCCAAACGCUGGACUAAAAGCCUACAAUGUUGUACCUGUAAAUGGAAUCUUGACUCCAAUUCCAAUUCCACCAACUGGAGGUCUCAAUAAGUUUCAAUGUCCAAAUUUUGGAGAUGUACGCUUGUAUGUAUUGGAUAUUAAUGGCAGUGUCAUGUGUUCAGAAUCUCCGGUUGCUUUACCUCUUUAG